UGUACGUGUAGGGUUUGGGACAUAACAGGUUUGCCUUGUGUGCAUGCUAUAUCUGCCAUUCAUUUCAUGAAAGAGGACCCUGUUGAUUAUGUGCACGAGUGUUACACCGUGGAGGCCUACUUGAAAGCUUACACCUAUGGGUUAGAACCCAUUAACGGGGAGAAGAUGUGGCCCAAGGGAGUAGGCUAUCCAGUCAAGCCUCCCCUGGUUCGAACAAUGCCCGGGAGGCCAAAAAAGAAACGAAAGAGAGGCCAAGAUGAACCUGACCCCAAAAAUCCUACAAGAUUAAGAAAGAUUGGGGGGGUAAGAAUGACUUGUCAAAGGUGCUUGCAACCCGGCCACAACACCAGAGGAUGUAAGAACGAAGAGGUGAAAAAGGUUGAAAAGGAAAAGGGAAAGAGGGGGAGGCCAAGGAAGCACCCUAUAGCAGCACCUACACCUCAAGAUUCUGACGAUGCAAGAAGAACAGUUGCAAGGGAGAGAGCUCAAGCAAGAAGGGGGAUUGGUGUUAUGUACUGUGAAGGGACAGGAAACAUGUAUUUGUCGACUGGUACUACAACUACAUUCAUCCAACCAAGGCAAAGGGGGAGACCGAGGGCAAAUUCUGCAGCUGGAAGUAGUGGAGCAACGGGUGAAGGAGAUCAAGGAACACAAGAAAGUGUUGUCGAGUAGAUUGGACAACUGAUUUCAGUUUUUGUGAAUUAUGUAUGACAUUUGAUGCAUAUCAGUUUUUGUAACCACCUUUUGAGACAUAUACUAUCGCUAGGUUGGGGAUUAUGUAAGACAUGAAACUCUUUGAUGACAAUUGAUGUGUUUGGUUUUGUUAAGGUAA